GUCGGAGGAAGAACCCGAAAUCGGGAACGAGUUUGUGGAUCUUGCCAGCCGCCUUCGUUGCAGCCUCGCCGACACAGCACAAGCAGAACUUCAGGAAGGUAUCAAGAUGAUGCCGAUGCAUUUCUUCUUCUCUGACAAAGUGGUCCUUCUGUUUGACUUCUGGAAUGUCCACAGCCCAGGAGGGAUGGUGCUCUCGGUGGUGGUGGUCCUGCUGAUGGCCGUGCUGUACGAGGCCGUCAAGGUCGGCAAGGCGAAGCUGCUCCAGUGCGCAGUGCCAGCCAUUGCCCCCAGCGUCAGCCAGGAGACCCUGCGAGAGCCGGAGAGGGCGUCGGUGAGCACGGCCACGGAGCAGCAGCUCACGCUCCCUCGGAGGAAGUGGUUCCUGUGGCACGUGGCUCAGUCCCUGCUCCACAUCGUCCAGGUGGUCCUCGGUUACCUGGUCAUGCUGGCCGUGAUGUCUUACAACACGUGGAUCUUCCUGGGAGUCAUCGUGGGCUCGACCCUCGGUUACUACUUGGCCUACCCGCUGCUCAGCAAGCGAUAGCAGGCCCGGCGCCAGAGGACGCGUCAUCGGUGCAGCUUGAACUCGACCCUACGUCUGGAACCAAUCCUCGGGCUCAGCUCUUGCUGGGGAACGGAGGUCACUCCAGCCGUGGUGCCACGAUGUUCUCCUGGCUGGGUCUCCUCUCCAGCUGCCACAUUCAGGGUAUUUCCAACUUCCGAUCUUGCAGAACGAGCCGUUUUGCUCCCACCUGUCUUGCAAAAGUGGUUCUCCAGGUGCCUUUGAAUAAACUCCAGUAGGCCUUACCAUGGGGCGAGGGUUGUGGGGCUAGGAAGGGGGUCUUGCCUGCACUAAAACCACUGGCUCACUGAGACGUCUCAUCUACCCCGGCCUUUCCAGACCUGAGCCACCAGGUCUUCCUCGGCAGAAAACCACUUUUUCCCAGGUGAAUGUCGACACUCAGUACAGUAAAGGUAGAUUCAGGACUGGAGCAAGUGAGAUGUUCCCUCCAGGCCUACAACCCCCUCGUUCCUAGCCCACAAGGAUGACGGGAGAUGUAGUCCCACACUUCUGAAGCACGUGUGUGUGUGUGUGUGGGGUCACUCUUCAGCGUUCUCCCAAAGCUUUCCACCUAGUGCAAGGACGCUCAGAAAGCCUCACUCAACUGCUGGGGAGCAAUGGCUUUAAAAUCAGGGUGGCUGGUGAUGGAGAGGACUGAGCCCACAUUGUUGCAUCAGGGGCCACUUGGCAUAAGGGUGACCGUGAAUAUCGCAUGACACCCUUGCUGCGUCUGCCUUUCGUGCCCAGGGGCUGGGCCUCCUGGAGAGAUCAGGAGGACAACUGGAUCGUGGACAAGGGGGAGGUUUGGGCCCAUCAACAAGCUUCCUAGAUCCCAGUUUGUAGUUUGCCUCACUCCCUGGUGACGGUGGGACAGGGAAGAGUCUCGUUCCCAUCGUCUUGGACCAGAAUGUCUUCCAAUGCAGAACGUGACUUUUUUCCGUGGAUGUUUGUCAAUGAAUCAUGUGGCAGAUUCAGAACUAGAGGACUUCAGGAAUGCAAGGGAGAAGGUGGGGGAUCCUUCAGGUAUGGGGUGAAAUUAAUCUGGUUUGUGCGCGGGGAUGCACUGAGAUCAUCGGUAAUUCUCCGACUUGUGCCUGUCGCAGACGUCAAAGAUCCCCUGGGGUUUGCGCUCUGGUCCCUUUUGCAGGGUGGCCUCUUAGGAAAAUGUAUCCCUUAGCAGAACCAAAAUGUGCCCGGGGAAUUGGUGAAAACACAUGAGUGGGAAGCCAGUGCAGAAACGCAAAGUGACAGAUUGUGCCCGGAAAACUGUGCCCCGUAGAAAAAGUGAGUGCUCCGUCGCGCUCCGUGUGGGACAAAGAUGUUGGUCCACGAUCACGACAUGCCCGGAGUGUGUCAAAGCAACCGACUCGUUACCUUUCCCAGUUCCAAGGCUCCCCCCUUCUUCAGCAGAGCCCGCAGCCCUCCAAAAGUCUUGGCCUAGCUUUCCCCUCAGCACUGGCUGUGCUAGCCGGGGCUGAUGGGCAUUGCCAGCCACAGGUUGCUCAUUUGGGCUCAGCGAUGAACCUUCCAGGAACUGGACGUCUCGGGAAGGCCUGAUUGAACGACAGGACACGUGUAUAAAUACCCUGCAUCUGCUCCUUCAAGUCAUUCACACCACCUGGCAAAUGGCUACUUUGGCUGAGUCCUAUGCAGCUGGACUCACUUACUCGAGCUGACUAGAGUCCUUCGGGAACGAUCUAGCCUCCCUCCCUGUCCUCACAGGCAGAAGGUGAAGGCGUCAGUAAAUACAGCAGUCCAGCCAGUCAUGGCUAACAUGGCAGGCCCGGUUUCUCCAACUUGGUAUUUCGGACUCCAACUCCCAGCUUUCAUGGCCACUGACUAGGGCUGUUGGGAGCUGAAGUCCAAGACCAGCUGGAGAGCACCAAGCUGAGAAAAGCUGUUGUAGGGUGAAACAUGCUCUCCCUGGUACAGUUGUGCAGCAGGGCACCGAGCGGAGCACACACAGGAUUCCUUUGUGGUCCCCCCGUCCCUGCAUAGAGUCCAUUGUGUGACGAGCCCCUCUGGCCAAAGGCCAGAGGCCAAAGACAAAUGCUGCAGGCCGCUUUGGCCAGAUGCUCGCCCACAGACAAGGAUGGCUUUAUACGGAAUUAGACUCAAUGGAUGCCGCUCAAACCUGAGCCAAAGACCUUUGGCUCUGUAAUGCGGAAACGGGGGAGAUUCAGACCGAGCAAAGAGCGGACUCUUUCCCUCAGCGCAUCGAUAAACUAUGAAACUGACUGCUACUACUGGGAAGCCUUCAAAGGGGACAGGGCCAGUUCUUGGAGGAGGUCCUUGCGGCUUCGUGGCACGUCCCGUCUUGGAGGCAGUAUGCUGGGGAACUUGGGCAAGAGGGAAGGGUCGUCCUCACCCCUGCCUGCGGGAACACAGCUGGUUUGCUGCUGUGUGAACAGAAAGGACUAGUCUCUUAUCCACGGUGCUCUCUCUCGCGCUGUCUUCCCUGUCCCUACCCCACGUCCCUUUUGAUUCUCAAGGGCGUGGGAUUCAGGCGUGGGAUCUUCUGCCAGCGCUUCCUGGCUGAGAGAGCCCCCUGCCGAGCAGCUGCUCGGAAGGGGACCUCCAUGUCCUUUGCUGUACACCCACCGUGGGAUAUUGACCCCUGCAAUGCAAACUGGAUGCUAGCAAAGUUAGACUGGGAAUGAAGCACAAGCUGCCCAAAACUGGUUGGAUGAAGGCAGCUGGGAAGAAUUUUUAAUCCGUUUAAAAUUGUGUCUGUGCGCAAGCAGCUCGGGGCCUCAAUCCGUCCGUUUUGGGGGUUUGGCUUCUCCAGGUCCGAAUUAGUAUAAACAACCCCACUAGGCUUGGGUGGAUAUUGUGGGAACUCCCCUUCCAGCCUGCCCCAAUCUAGUGCCCUCCAGGUCUUCGGAAUGGCCACGCCAAGCAUUUUUGACCACUAGCCACAUUGGCUGGGGCUGAUGGGAUCUGGAGACGGCCAGUGCUGAAAGACACACAGCUCCUUAGCUGUUACAGACUCCGCUUACGGCAAGCCGCCUGGUCAGCCUCACCAGCACGAAUGGGAUUUCUACAAAACAAACCCAAGCUGUAAAUUACACACUCAACACUUCAAAUCAAGGCUCUGUGAGCGGUGAGGUUGCUUUCAUGAGGGGGCAUCUGCUAAAUUUAAAACGCCACAUCAAAUCCAUCUGCUAUACAAGGUGUUUCAAAAUCAGUGCCUUUUAAAACAUUUUACGAAUCAUUUGUUAUUCCUAUACUUACCAGAUCAAUGUUUGUGCUUUUCAAAACUUCGGUAGUUCUGCUUAAUUUUGUUCUGUUUGCAAACACCCCCGUGUGCUCAUACCUUCCCUGUCUCGGCUUUCUCAGGAUCACACCGUGAAAAUUUGGUAAGCACAGUCAGAACAAAAUGACGCUUUUCGGGUUUCGAUUCACCUGUCCCUUUUCCAGGAUGGCCAAUUCUUAAAUAGGAGACCAGGAGCAAAGGUGUGUCUGGCCUGCAGAACGAGGCUGGAGCAAGGGAAGGUGAACCCUGACUGCUCGUUUCGGAGGCGGCCCCGUGACUUCCUGGAGACACAACAAAAUUGCAUUUGGCAAGAGGUUAAUCCAGUGGUGCUCCACUAAAGGACACCUUUUAAACCGGUUUGUCUCCUCAGAGCACAAAUCCUGCAAAGGAGGAGACAGACUAUGCUGACAUUAAAUAAAGCAAGAUUUUAUUAUUAAUA